GUAUUGUUCAUAAUUAUAGAUGUAACGGGACCAGUCAGUCAUGUCCUGAAGUACUUCGGUCUUUCCGAGGGCGACGCCCCCGCUGUACGCAUCAUCAACACCGACACCGCCAAGAAGUUCGCUCUGAUUGGACAGAUAAAGGCCGCCACACUCCAAACGUUCUGUCAGGGAGUUCUGGACGGAACCGUGAAGUCUCACCUGCUGAGCGAGGAGGUACCAGAAGACUGGGAUAAAGGACCCGUUAAAGUUCUGGUCGGGAAGAACUUUGAGGCUGUCGCCCUCGACAACAACAAGAAUGUCUUCGUAGAGUUCUAUGCCCCAUGGUGCGGUCACUGUAAAGAGCUGGCUCCAGUCUGGGAGAAGCUGGCAGAGAAGUACGCUGACCGGGAUGACAUCAUCAUUGCCAAGAUGGACGCCACGACCAAUGAGGUGGAGGGAGUUUCUGUGUCUGGCUUCCCUACACUACGAUACUACCCUGCUGGAGAAGACAGCAAGGAGGUAGAGUACAGUGGGACCAGAGACUUGGAGACGUUUGCUAUGUUCCUGGACAAUGGAGGACAGCUUCCGAAGGUGGAAGAGGAGGAUGAUGAAAGAGGAGGUCACUGAUGAGUCAUCGCCACC